AUGAAGCUGCAGCGGCGGGAGAAGGGCGGAAGGCUGCACAGAGAGAGAGAGAGAGAGAGAGACGGAGAGGAACUACAAGUUAAGUGUAACAAGAAGCGUGUUGGCGCUCUGCUUAGUCAACCGUCGAACAGCGCAGAGGCCGCCUUUUAUUUCUUCUCCGUCAACUUCAACUUCAACUUCAACUUCUCUUCUUCUCCUCCUCCUCUUUCUCCCGCACCACGAAGCGCUCUCUGCCUCUUCAUCUCCUUCUUCUCUCUUCCUCUCUCUUCUCCUUGCUUUUUCUUUGCCCGCCCCGUCUCCUUGUUCCUCCGUGUUUCCGUGUUUCCUAGCUGCGUGUUGUCCUUCUGUAGCUUCGUCUCCUACUUCUUUCUCUCAGUCCUGCUAUCUCUCUUAACUCUCUCUUCUCUUCUCUUCCCUUUGCUCUCUCUGGGCUCUCUCUACAUCUCUCUAUCUCCUCGGCCCGUCUUCUAG